AUGUAUGACUAUAAGUCUACUGGAAUCAUUAGGGUUUCUGAUCAAUUACAAAAAGUCAACACUAGUACCCACGGUCCUCUUCUUGGGGAUGCUCAUAGACUCGACAACGAUGGAAUUUAUUUUGCCAAAGAAAAAAUCAGAAAAUAUUCUAAGAGAGUGUCGGCAUCUUUUGAAGACACAUCAGCCUUCCAUCAGGCAAAUAUCACAGGUCCUGGGGCUCCUAGAAUUCACUCGCCCAGUGAUUUGGUCUGCCCCUUUACAUUAUCAUCACAUUCAACUUGUACAGAUAGUCUCUACAUCAGACGUCCGAUUACAACACACAAGAGAACCUCUCCAAAAAGCGAAAUUGUAUUUGAUUUGGUGGAUAACCAGUGA